GUUUUUUUUGAGUGCACGAAAAUGGCAGAAGCGGUUUUAACAGCGAAAGACUCCUUCUGUUGUCCGGUCUGCCUGGAUCUCCUAACAGACCCGGUGACGAUUCCAUGUGGACACAGUUUUUGCCUGAGCUGUAUUAACGGCUGCUGGGAUCAUAACAGAGAUAAUGUUUGUCCUCAGUGCAGAGAGAAGUUUACUCCGAGGCCCGCUCUCAAAAAGAACACCAUGCUUGCCGAACUGGCCGAGGCACUGAGGACGACGAGGCUUCAAGCUGCUCGCGUCGCCGUCUCUUACGCUCGCCCUGGAGAUAUAGGAUGCGACUUCUGCACCGAGAACAAGCACAAAGCUGUAAAGUCAUGUCUGGUCUGCCUGGCCUCGUAUUGUGAAGCUCACGUUCAGACUCACUACAAUUCUCCUGCGUUAAAGAAUCAUAAACUGGUCGAGGCUUCUGUGAACCUUCAGCAGAAGAUCUGCUCUCAGCACGGCAAGCUCCUGGAGAUCUUCUGUCGCACCGAUCAGAGGUUCAUUUGUUGCUUGUGUGUAAUAGAUGAACAUAGUGGUCAUAAGACGGUCUUACCUGCAACAGAAAGAGCUGAGAGACAGAUGCAAUUGGUGGAGAGCCAGAAAGAAUCCCAGCAAAGAAUCCGAGAGAGAGAGAAGAAAUUACAGGAGCUGAAACUGUAUAUCGUGUCUCUCAGGCUCUCUGCACAGGAAGCUGAUAAAGAAAGCGAGCAGCUCUUCAACGAUCUGAUUCAGUCCAUUGAGAAAACACGCUCAGAAGUGAAGGAACUGAUCCAGGCUCAGGAGAAAGCUGAACUGACUCUGCUUGAGGAACUUAUAAAGAACCUGGAGCAGGAGCUUGCUGAUCUGAGGAAGAGAGAUGCUGAGAUGGAGAAGCUUUCACACACAGAUGACCACAUCCAUUUCCUUCAGAGCUUACAGUUUCUCUGUGUCCCUCUUGGACCUGCAGAGUUACCCGAGUUUCCGACCAGACCUAAAUUUUGUAUAGAAGAAUUGAGGAAAGCCGUAUCUGGAUUGACCGAACAACUGGAAAAGUUCUAUAAACUGCAAUUAGUCCAAUGUGAAGACCACAGCGCCUUGUUGCCAGAGCCGAAGACCAGAGAAGACUUUAUGAAAUAUUUCUGUCAGCUGACUCUGGAUCCGAACACAGCACACCACCGGCUCGGUCUGUCUGAGAAGAACAGAAAAGUGACUGUGACUCGCCAGGCUCAAAAAUGUCCUGAUCAUCCUGAGAGAUUUGACAUGGUGCAGCAGGUACUCUGUAAAGAGACUCUGUCCGGACGUUGUUACUGGGAGGUCGAGCAGGUCUGCAAGUUCAACUCGGCGAUCACGGUCUCUUAUAAAAGCAUCAGCCGGAAAGGCAAAAGCAACGAGUCUAGCUUUGACCAAAAUGACAAGUCCUGGAGUUUCGCUUAUUUCAAGUCAAAAUACUUCUUCAGACACAACAACAAGGACAUCGAAGUCCCUGUCGAGACAUGCUCCUCUAGAAUAGGGGUGUACCUGGAUCACAGGGCGGGAACUCUGUCCUUCUACAGCAUCUCCGACACCAUGACUCUUCUGUACAGAGCACACACCACGUUUACUCGGCCGCUCUACGCCGGCUUUCAGAUUUACGGUUACGAUAACUAUUUUCGAUUGUGUUCCUAAGCUACGAAAGCCUCGCGUGUCGAAACGAUCCGUAACUCAAACUGUAUUUUAAACUAAAAUUAAACAAUCUUUGCUGGAUAUA